GCAUGAUUGGUUCGCUCUCUAACUACAAUCGAAUUCGUUUCUGGCUCUGAAAAAGUCACAAGUCGACGUUUUCGUUCUAGAGAGAGAAUCAGAGUUUUUUGGUUUAAGAGGAGAGAGAAACACAGAGAGAAAUCGAGAGGAAGAGACAGAGGGAGAAUCUGAGAGCGAGAGAGAGGCUGCCAUGAUAACGCGAUCGAAUCUGGCCGAACAGCUACGCGAGUAUCAGAUUCGAUCCAAGCAUGACUGGGCCUCUGUCUCGUUCUUCUCCUCCACUUCUUCAAACAUCGCCACUUCCAGGGUGGAUGUGGUGGUUUUUGUAAUAUGGGAACUUAUUAUUUUAGCCUUCUUGGUAUUUUCGGUAGUCUCUCUGUACUUCAAGCACAUCCGACUUGCUUUUAUUUUAGUCUGCGUCACAAUCCUAUUGCUUUUAUGCAUGAAAAUUACAAAGCAAGUAAGACUCGCAAGGAAAAAGAAACGAAGGAUGCUUCUUCCAUUGUCAAUGUAAAACGGCAUCAAGUGUUGACAUUUGGCAUAUUCCUAUUCUCGUACAGCCUCACCGGUAAGGUCUUGGCCAUUCUUGACCAUUUCCAUUGGUCCCGCAUCUCAUUCAUCACUGGAUUGUGUAUCAUCUGAUUCCACCAAAUUGACUAAAGUAUAUAAUCGAUGUUUUUACAUCAAAACAAUCUUAUCCAAUUGGUUGAUCUAGAUCAAUGUUGGAGUCAGUGUGGCUGAGUAAGGCUAGGAUCUUGUCACAAUAUAUAUAUUUGGCAUAUCUUUUUGCUGUUUGUUUCUGUAUACAUAGUGCAACUUGCAAGUUACUAUUGAGUUUUUGACCCCUUGACGUUGAAAGUUCAAAUACCAUCAGAUGAGUUAUUGUAUAAUGACGACAUAUGUGCGAGAUACGUUUGGCACUGAUAUUGUGCGCAAGGUGUGGUAGAUGCGAAGUGUUGCUAGCUUUUGAGGACAAUUUCUGUGGUUUUGGCCUUGUGUGGAGAAUGUAACCCUUGUUAACUCCACUUUGGAGGUUGAUGUGAAAAUAUUUCUUUAUCUGACUGACGUAAUACCUGGUAAAUUUGUUAUUUUAAAUGGGAUACUUAUGGGCAGAUUCACAUAUUGACUUUUUUUCAUUUCUGAAUCAUUCCGCAUAUUAAAGACA